UCGGGUUUUAAUCAAAAUGUCUAUUGACAAAAUCAAACAAAAGCUGAACAAAAAGACUGAAUCGCUUACUAAAUUUUACGAUCUUGCCGAAUCUCAUGGAAUAUUUAAUAAGCUUCAGGUGCAUGUCACACCUCUCCUAGAAGAAAUAAACUUCUACAGUGGACAAAGACCACCAGAGCAGAGUUACAAUCCGGAUACUUCAAAGUCUCGCAGAGAAUUGGUACAGAAUAGAAAAUUAAAAGUAAGAUCACAAAUAGAUCUACCACACUUGUUAAAGAAUUUUAACAAUGGCAACAUAUGUUUUGUUGGGCCAGCGGGUAGCGGAAAAACGACUCUCAUGAAAGCAUUGGCACGGAGAGUCUUGGAAGGAGAUUUCGAAAACCUCAAGCAUGUACAGAUAGUGAUUUUUCUUCAUGGAAAAGACUUACAGCAAACAAAACCCAUGACUGCUCUCCAAUAUCUGUUGAAUGCUAAUGACGAAAUAUUAACAAGUGACGAAAUAAAGAGUUUAUUAGAACACCUGAAUAAGCACCCUGAACAGUUCUUGUUUUGUUUGGAUUCUCUGGAUACAGUACCUUUCACACUUGCUGGAAAUGACUACACACCCGUGGGUGCUGAAGAGAAGGCAAGUCCACAGAAAAUAGUCAAAAGUCUGUUAGCUGGUGAUCUUUUUCCGGGAUCCAAGUUAAUCACGUCGAGUCGCGAACAUUCUAUAAGAAACUAUUCACCAAAAGUUCGCCCCAAGAAAGUUGUAGCGCUUAUGGGCUUAACAACAGAAUCUAUCAUGGAAAUCAUGGAAGGCUAUUUAGGCGCAGAUGACGCUCAAGAAACCAUGCAGUAUUUGCAGACGGAAUCUCCAGCUCAACUUGCUCUCUGUAGCAUUCCCGUUGUUCUUGUUUAUACCCUCAUUGGUUUAAAAACGGAAUCCACCUACAAACCGACCACAAUGACAGGAAUCAUGACAUUAGUGCUGCUAAAUAUUUUACGCUCUCCUCAUACGCACCAGGAGAAUGUACUAGAAGUCACUGAAAAGCUAAUGGAACUGUCGUACACGGGAACAAUGGAAGGACGUGUUCUUUUCACGAAUGAGGAAAUAAAGUCAGUGGGAUUGGAUCCAACAGAUGCUUCAGAUUUAGUAAUUUUUGCACCUGAAAAAUGUCAGUACAGUCUCGCAUCGAAAGAUAACGUUAUGUUUUUUCCUCAUCAAAGCAUUCAAGAACUACUUGCAGCCUUUUAUAUCGCUAAAAUGAAUGUAGCAUCAUUUCGGAAAACUGUCGUAAAUGUGCUUAACACUCCUCAAAUGUCGGUAAUCAGGAGACUUCUUUAUGGCGUGGUUCUUGAUGAAGAAGUUUAUACAGUUUUAAAUGGCUUGUUUCAAGGAAUGAUCGUGGACAUCGACGAAAAAAAAGUAAUUUUACACAAAAAUUUUCACGAUUUGUUGCAAAGCAUUUACGACAGUACAGAUCUCCUGGAGAUACUUUAUUCGCUGUACGAAGCUAAGAACGGGAUGGAUAAUAUUGCAAAAUCAUCUUUGAAUGAUGUGGAACUGCAUGGUCUCUCCCUAACUAUGAGCGACAUGCACGUGAUUGGAACUGUGAUUUCCCGUUCCAUCUACUUGAAACGACUUAUCUUUCACAGUUGCAAUUUAGAACUUCAAUCGAUGAAAGUUUUAUCACUUUUACUAGAAGGAAGUGCACUUAAUGUGUCUGAACUAUGGUUAAGCAGAAACCCGAAUAUGGGUGUUGAUGGAUUAAAAAUUGUUGGACAACUAUGUGUGAAUCUAAACGUUGAAAAGUUGGGCAUUGGACUUUGUGGAUUGAACAAGAGUCAUUUUGAAUCUUUGCAAUCGACUUUGGGAAGUAAAAAAUUCCAAUACCUCAGUCUUGUGGAGAAAAGAGUUGCAACUUACGACGACGUUAUUGGAGUUAAAAAUCUCUUACGAAAUAUAUCAGGACAAGUGUAUUUAUUGGAUUGGCAGAUAAAAUCAGAAGAGAGAAAAAUAUUACAAGACGAACUGGAGAAACUAAAGCCAACAAGUUUGAAAUUAGUGUUGGAUGACUACAAUUUACAACGCAAUGAAACCGAGUUCGACAAACCUCAAAACGCAACAGUUUCUGUGACUAAAGAAUUGAAUCCUGACGGUGAUGUUUUAGAAAUUGACGACAUAUCAAUUGAAUUUCCACGCGGUGCCGUUACAAAAAGAGUUGAAGCUUUUGCGAGUGUAGACCCAAGUUCAUCGAAUUGGCCAAACAAUUCUGUCGGUGCUUCGCCAAUGCUCACUUGCCGGGUUGAUGGCUUCAAGAAAUUUGAGCAUCCAGUGCAUGUCAAGCUAACAACGUGGAUAGUACCAAGUGAUGAAAAUAUGCAAGUGAUAAUAAUGCGAAAAUCGACAAAAGAUAAUACAUGGAUGGAAUUGUGCAAAGGAAGAUUUGGUGUCGACGGCAAAAUUGAAUUCACAACUGACCACUUCUGUUCAAUUAUUGCAGUGUUGCUCUGGCCUUUGAGCUUUUUUAUGAAUUAUAAACUCAAAAUUCAGCCAUUCAUUUUUCGUAAGGGUGGUACUCAUUUUGCUGCGGCUUUUUGCAGAAAAAAUAUUACGCUGGAAAAUAUGAUAAAGAAAAAGUUCGAAAAACAUUCAGAAAUCCAACCACUCAAUCACAUAGAAGCAAAUACGUCGGAUACACUUCGGUUGGAUUUACAAUGCGACCAGCAAAACGCGGUUUUUCAAUUUAUUCAGGGUGAAUACCAAACAUUUCCUGUAUCAAAAGUAACUAGCGACGAUUACAAGUUAUAUUUUACUCCUGAUAAUCUCGAUGUUCCACAGCAGAAAAUUAUGUUGUCGUACAAAAUGACAAGUAUGGAAACACGAGGGGAACUUGAUAAAUAUCUACUUGUGGUAGAUUGGCCAACGGAUAUUGAAGCACAAAGGCCAGAAACGCGACCGGUACAGUUUUAUGGUGACGUGGAAAUAGGCGGCAAUGCAUAUAUUGCUUGACUAGGUCAUGCUGUCGACCCCAUAGAUCAACAAUGAGAAAACGAAUAAAAACAAUUUUGAAAUUAAUAAACAAGAUGUUUUCUGGCAGUACUACUGACUUGUUGGAUGCCAAGUAGACCUACGCAUCGUUUUGUUGUUAUAUUGUUGCUGUUUGUUUAGUUCAAUUACGACUAAAACUAAAUAGAUAAUUUUGUUUGAACUGCGCCACAUUGCGAUUAACGACAUUUAUCUGAUCCCAACGAUUCUUACCUGUGCAAGAAACACUUCACUGCUUUGUCUCUGGUAAUUGCUUCAUCUACGACCACACAAUAAAUAGCCUUGUUGUCCUCAUUCCCUUAAUUGCUACUCUAAUUGGUUUUCUCAAAUGUCAUUCAGGAAUUGUAGUCUUAUCUACAGUAAUUAGAAUCCGUCGGAUUCACACAUGUUCGUGCGAACCAGUUUCAUGGAAAGCCGCGAUAAUCAGCAAACCUUCCUUGUUUUUGCUUCAGACAUUAAAUGCGAUGUGUACUUCAGCUUACUUCUAUAGCGCUAUGCUAAAACCAAAACUUUUUUGUAUUAGUAGAGCAUGUUAUAAAUGUUAAUGUAAUUUACGUAGUGAAACUUUUUAUCAUGUAUCAUGAAAUUUUUUUAUCAUAUAGUCUUAUAUAAUAUUACUUUAGUCACAAACUAACAUCAAUGUAUUGUUGUUUUCUGUAGUAAAGUUGAAUUUAACGCUGCAUAUAUACCUGUACCAAAUCAUUUUAAUGGAUAAAG